ACUGACUGGCACAACCCCUGGGCACUGACUGGUGGCACUGACUGGCAGCACUGCUGGGCUGCACAGGUGGGUGGCACUGGUGGGCAGCACUGGUGGGUGGGCACAGGUGGGUGGCACUGGUGGGCACAGGUGGGUGGGCACAGGUGGGUGGCACUGCUGGGCACAUGUAGGUGGCACUGCUGGGCACAGGUGGGGGCACUGCUGGGCACAGGUGGGGGCACUGCUGGGCACAGGUGGGGGCACUGCUGGGAACGGGCAGUGCUGGGCACAGGUGGGUGGCACUGCUGGGCACAGGUGGGUGGCACUGAUGAUCAGUGCCCUGAUGAUAGGUGC